UGUCACUUGCCAAACAGUGAAAACUUGAAGUUGCUUCUUUUUUGUUGUCUCCCGUGGACUUUUUUCCAGGGAUUACUAAUUCGCAAAAACAAAAAAAGCGCGUAUAAGUUGCGUGCCAUUUUGUAGGUGGAACGCUGUGCGCUGUGUACGUGUGUGUGCGAAAAUCUUAAACACGCUGUGCAACGACGACGACGCUUGCGUUUUUGUGGGGAUCGUUCGCCUCCACCUUCUUCUUCUUCUGCUUCUGCUGCUUCGUCUUCCUCUUCUUCACACCUCCGCUGUCACCGCAGUGAAGCUAGCACGGGUCCAGUUUGUACAUACUCACGUAUAUAUAUAUAUAAAUAUAUAUAUAUAUGUAUAUAGAUAUUGCAAGUUGCAUACGUACGUCGCGCGUGGAUUAUGUCAUUUAUUUAUAAUAAAAAGCAUACAAGUUGACAAUAUGCAAACAAAUGCGCGCUAAAUGUUGCAACCAAAAGAAAAUUUGUGGCAACAAAAUAAACACACACGUAAAAAUGUAGACUGUGUGUGCGUGUGUGUGCCUGUGUGUGUGUUGAUGAUAAUGGAUGUUUAGUAGCAGAUAUAAAGUAUAUAGAUAUAGAUUUAUAUAUACUUACUUGUAUGUGAAUCAUAUGGUGGGGGCCAUAAAGAUGCCCCAUGUUGCCAACUUUACACUAGAGUCCAUAUAGAGACUAUAUACCCUACAAAAACAACAACGAUAACAACAACAACAAAUGGCCACAUUUAAUGCAGCAAAUGUGGCAAACAACAGCAGCGCGGAUGUUGCAGCUGCCACAUUUCUAAUGCCCGCCACAACAGCAACAACAACAGCAGCCACAGGAUUAGGAUUAGGAUUAGCAGCAGGUGGAGGAGCAGCAGGAACAGCUGGACAUGCGCUGCAUUUGGAACAGUUUGGUGGCGCCUCGCUGCCGCAUUAUAUGCCGCUGCCUUUGCCCAACUUGCAACAACAGCAACAACAUCAUCAUCAGCAGACAAACUCCUCGUAUACAUUUGUCCAAAUCAAAAGGGAGCCAUGUCAGGUGUCUGAGAUUAGUUCCAACAAUUGCCAUCAACAACAACAACAGCAGCAGCAACAACACCACCAACAACAACACCAGCAACACCAUCAUCAACAACAACAUCAUCAUCACCUGCAAACCGCUUCCACCUCCCUUGGCCUGGGCAGUGUCACCUCCUCAUCGGUUACCGCCUCCGCCACAUCCAAAACCAUGUCUGCAUCCACUUUAACUACACUGGUCAAAAUUGAAGCCUCCUCGCCCAAGGUAACCGAUCUGGAGAAGUCCAGCUGCAGCACAAAUAAUUCGGUGCCCAUUGGCAUUGCGGUGGCCAGGAAACGUCCACAGGAGGCAUCCAACAACGUGGCACUCAACAGCGGAUCAACUCUUCCUCUGCAACAGCCACUCAACAAGGACAUGAACUGCUUUGGCAUACGUGUCGCCGAUCUGGGUGCCACCAGUUGCGGUAAUCUGUAUUUCACGGGCAACGGGGAUCUGAUGACAACGGGAACGGCAACCGCCGAGGAAUUAGCUUUGAGUGCAGCGGGCAUCAAUCGAGCACCGUCGACUUUUUGGCAAUAUCCAAAUGCAUUGCCCAUUGAAUCAGUGAUUUCCAUGUCGCCCGCUACGGUGGGUUUGCAAUACUCUCGCGAGGCCAGUCGAGGUCAGGUGGUGCUGCUCCCGGCGACUCCAGCAGCGCUCGGCAUAUCAAAUUUUCCCCUCUUAACGCCCACAGAUCCGUUCCAGCAGGCGGCGGCGGCAGCGGCGUUUGUUUGGCCCUCGGCCUAUAUUCCACAGGCGACGGCAGCGGGUGCAGCGUCGUCGCCAGCGUCGUCCAAUUUUAUCUUUCCCUCGAUGGGUGCACACUCCACGUUGGGCGCCCACAACACGUUGGGCGCCACGCCCUCGUAUGCAUCCACAUUGCAGCUGUAUCUGGCAGCGGCGGCAACGGCGACGGCGACGGGAGGAAGCUCAACGCUGUGCCAGCACAGCAAUCAACAGACGAGCAGCACAACGACCACGAAUUCCAGCAUCAAUCUGAGCCUGGCUGCAUCCGGGCUGGGAGCCGGUGUCACCAGCAGCACAAGCAGCAGUCUAAGUAGCCUGAGCAGUCUCAGCUCCUCCAGCUCCUCGCGUUUCCUCAGCUUGCCGACGCAGACGCCGAAGCCGGCGUUGCCCAUGAACUCCUUGCUGCUGCCGCCGACGGCGCUGAAGCUGGAGGAUUAUGCGGUGACGCAACCUUUGCCGCUGCCGUUGCCGUUGCCACUGCCGCUGCCGGAAGCGUCGCGUGAGUCAGAGCAACAGGCACUGAAUCUAAUGCGUCUGCCCACGCCGCCCACAUCGGCUACAAUGGAACCGAAUGCCUCCCAGUUGACGCCGCAUCAAAUACUCUUCCAGACGGCGCCUACAACGCCGACGCCCACACUACUCAAUCUAUCCAUGCAUGGAGGCAGUGCAGCAUCAGCAGCGGCGGCAACAACAACUGAACCCACAACCCACUGCGAUGAGACGGCGCUCAACUAUAAGUUGCAUGCACCGUUGACGCCGCAGACACCGCCGAGAUUGGCGGGCGGCAACUCGUUGUUGUUGCCCCAAAUGCAGGAUGUAAAUAUACAAACGGAUACGCCCGUCUGCAGCGAGGAUGAGAACUCUUCGUGUCCGCUUAAAGCGACGACGCAGGAAGUGCAGGAAUCCCAGUUGCCGCUGGAGCUGACGAAGCCAGCGGGCGCGAGUGAAGCAAACGCCAAUCAACCGAAUGAGUGCCAUACCCAAACGAGUCCCAGUGACAUAUACAGUGCCAGUGCAGCAGCAGGAGCGGGAAUAGGAGUGGGAACAGGAGUAGGAACGGGAGUAGGAGCAGGAAUAGGAGUAGGAACGGGAGCAGUAACUGGAGCAGGAGUCGGAGCACAGCUGGAGCAGCUGCCCACACAACAGACAACGCCUGAGGAUCUGACGGGUCUGGUGCUGCUCUCCAACAUCAGCACCAAUAGCACACCCUUGUUGCGGGUCAAACAGGAGCCCAUGGAGCACUGUGAGGCGUUGGUGCCGCCACAGCCAUUGCCCAUGCCCCACUCCAUGGCCAUGACCAUGUCGGAGCCCGCUCAGAUGACUCAGCUGGAGUCCACGCCGCUGCUGGAUGUGGAGCGGACGCAAUCGGAGCCGCUGGGCGGCUUAAAGUUGCUCUGUGCUUUGGCCGAGCAGCGCAUACAGGAGGAGGAGGAGGUGCAGGGUAGCAGUCUGUUUGCCACGCCCACCUCACGCACUCCCACGCCGCCAGCGACGACUCGCAGUUCACCCACAUUUCCAUCCAUGCAAGGCAUUGAGUUGCCCACAACGUCCAGUGCAGCUGCAUCCGCGACUGGCACUCCGGUCGAAUUGACGCCCGUGAAGCGCAAGAAGCACAAACAUUCCAAGUCCAGUUUGGUUGGCGGCGACAGUCGCAAAUCCUCGCGUUGCAGCAAGAAGAGCAAGAAGAAGCGACGUCACAGCACAAGUCGACAACAACAACAGCAACAGCAACAAGAGCCGGAGGAGCCAGAGCUGCAGGAUGAGGAGCUGCAAUCGGAGCUGAGAAGCGCGCUGCACACCAUAGAUCCCAGUUAUGCGCAGAGAUUUGGCCAGGAGGUGUUUAGCAUCAUGGACAACAGCAUGCGAAUGCGUUUAGCGGACAUAACACGACAGUAUCGCAAGAAGAAGCGAAAGCUCGACGAGAUUUCCAAGCACAAGAAGAAGAAGAAGUGCUCCAAGCAGCUGCAACAAUUGCAGCAAUUGCAACAGUUGCAACAGCUCCAACAGACGCUGCCAAUGCAACAGACGUCGACGCCCAUCCAUCAGCCGCAGUUGACGCUCAGCUCCACGUUGUCCAGUGUCCUGGGGACCGCUUCACCUCUGCGGGAUUAUAAAUUCCCCAAAUUCUCGAGUGGAAAUCUGCAGGCUUCGAGUUUCUUGCGUUUCCCGGAGAAGACGCACUCGUUUCCACCGCCUCCGCCCAGUACACAGGCACAGGAGCUCAGUACCUUGCCGAGCAACAGCUCGCCGAGCACAUCGUCGUCGUUUGUGCGUCUGGAACCGAGUGCUCUGGACGCCGCCGUCGCUGCUGCACCAAUUACCUCCUCCAGUUCUUCCAGCUCCUCGCACAAGCACUCACACUCACACUCAGGCAGCACAAAGUCCGCGGCACGCAAGGAGCGCAAGCUGAAAGCAAAUGCGGCAGAUGCUCAAAUGGCCACCGAAGCCAAGCGACGACUCAGCGCCGCGGAUGCGGAACUGCAGUUGACCAGCGAGCAUCUGUAUCGGGACGAGACACGUGUCCUCACCGAUAUGGGAGGACUGUUCUAUGCGGGAGUGAUGAAACCACUGCGUCCACCAGAUGUUUAUGCCAUCACGCUGGAUGGCGAGCGAGGCAACAAAUCGCAUGUGAUGUCACGCGAGGAUAUACUCAAGGAUACGAUACUCGAGGUGAAGCCAAAGAGUGUGGAUUGUGUGCCCGUGGGCACGCGUUUAUGCGCUUAUUGGAGUCAACAAUACAGAUGCCUCUAUCCGGGUCGUGCCAUCGAGUCGGAAGCAACGGAGGAUGCAAAUCCUCCAGCCACGUCAGCGGUGACAACUUCGCCUCAGGACUUUGUUAGCGUGGAGUUUGAUGACGGCGACAGCGGCAGGAUCCGCUUGAAAAACAUACGUCUACUCCUCAGCAAUUAUCCCAUUGCAGAGUACAACGAUAAUCCCCUUUACUCUGUAGGCAAACAGAAGCGUGGCGCGAUGCGAAGUGGCGACAGUGGAGCAGGCAGUGCACCGGAGCAGACAACCACAUCCCAAGCUGGUGAUGAGACGACGCCUCACAGUCAUCAUGGAUUCAGUAUGAGCAGCGAUAACACAACUUCAUUGGCCGCCACCAUGGAACUGUUUACGCAGCGCAGCGAGAAGAAGCGGCUUAAGAAGAGCCUAAAGAAGCUGUCCAAGGCACAGAAUGGCAUUGGCCAAUCCGUAGAGUCUAAUGGCUUUCAGAACGAGGACGGCGGACAGGUGGCAGCACCUGGAGAUGGCAACUGUCUGGACGAUGGCAAUCGAAAGCAUCACAAGCAUAAGAAGCGCAAGAAGCAUAAGAAGCAUCAUCGAAAGAAUGACAGCGAAGAGGCUGAACCGUCGGCUCAGGAAUAUUUGACAACGACGCUGGAUGCAGAGCAGCCAGAGUUGCCGGCAGCGACAGUAGCAGAGGAACUUGCAACUGCGGCGCCGGCAGCGCAACGCGUCAAGGUCGAAGUUAAGGUGAAGGCGGAGCAACUGGACAUGGAGGAGGAGACCACGUCAAACCUUAUGUCCGAGGUAUCCGAUGAGGUCAAGGGCGACGAUCUGGUCGAGCACAACAACUCCAAGGGCAGCAGCAAGAUUGCAGCCUUUCUGCCGGAACGGCAGCUGUGGGGUUGGUUUGGAACCGCCUACCGCAAGGCAGGCGUCAAGGGGCGUGCCAGAAAGCAAUUCUACAAAACAAUCAAAAGGGGCAAGGAGACUAUAACGGUCGGGGACUGUGCAGUAUUUCUAUCAACGGGUAGACCGGAUCGUCCCUACAUUGGACGCAUCGAGUCCAUGUGGGAGACCACCGCGGGCAAUAGAGUGGUGCGUGUGGCGUGGUUCUAUCAUCCGGAGGAGACCACGGGCUGUCCAAACCUCAAAUAUCCGGGUGCUUUAUUUGAAUCGCCACAUGAGGAUGAGAACGAUGUGCAGACAAUUUCACAUCGUUGCGAGGUGCUGCAGUUUGUUAGCUACGUUGACAAGUUUGGAGCUGACUCGAAGCAAUAUCAAACCAUAUACGAUAACAAUGAUACAUAUUAUUUAGCCGGGCACUAUAACCCAAGGUUGCAAGUGCUGAAACUACAAGACGAUAUUCCAACUCUUGAAGAGCUGCAGGAUACUACUACUACUACUACUACUAAUUGUACUACUACAACAACAACUACUACAGAGGGUUAAGCGAAGCAAAACGAAGCGUGGAUAGGCCUAAGCAUAGACAUAGAAAAUCUCUAUACAGAUAUAUAUAUAUAUAUAUAAAUCAAUCUAUAUAUAUACAAAUACGUUAUACAUAUAUUUUACACUACGUGAAACAGAUGAAGCAUAUAUAUUAUACCUAUAUGUAUACACAUAUUAUUUCUAUAUUUUAAACAGUAUCGUAAAGAAAGAAAAAUCAACCGAAAAUCAAAAAAAGAAAAAGGAUGAAGAACGAUAGAGAGAAAGUGAGAGAGAGAGAAUAAGGAACUAAGCAACAACCACUAAACUUUAGUGUGUAGUUACAAAAAAAAGAAAAAAGCGCAAGCAAUUUUAAAUGUAAUUUGUGUAAACGUAAUGGCGCAAUAAUUUUAUUAUGAUUAUAUGACGGAUCAGUUCGUUUAAUGUUCAGCAAAUGUUUAACAUUUUAGUUUUGUACACCACACAACACAAGAGAACACAAGCAUAACCCACAGAUACACACACACAGAUACAGAUACAAAUUCAGAUACAGAUACAGAUAAAGAUACAGUUGUAUACCUAUAUGUUUCAGAUGAAGUUUAAAUAAUGUUUUAAAGAUUUUAAGCAGGCAACAAUGCAGCAAGAGCAACUACUACUAUAAAUGUAACAAUUCAAUGUGAUAGCAAAACAAAACCAGAUGAUGUUGAUGUGUAUAGAUGAAGACGAUGAUGAUUAUGAUGAUGAUAAUGAGAGAAAUAAGCAUAGUUGAUAAUGAUAUAACACAAACAAACAAACAAAACAAGCGAGAAAAGAAUGUGUUGAAUAUUUACAGCUCGUUUAUUCAAGAAAAUGAAAUACUACACAAAAUAUAUUAUACACAUAUAUAAAAUCAAAUCAAACUUAUCUAUAGCCACACAUACAUAUAUCAAUAAACUUGCCGUGAUUAUUGUAUUACUUCAUUGAA